GGCGGAAGGCGCCCUAGGUUUGAAAUAGGAAAGUUGGCGCGGCUGCGGGAUCCGAUUCUGGAGACCCGCUGUUGACUGGUAUCGCAUUGUCUUACAAAAUGGUAGAGGACGAACUGGCACUAUUCGAUAAAAGCAUAAAUGAAUUUUGGAAUAAAUUCAAAAGCACUGUCAGUGACACCUCCUGUCAGAUGGUGGGCCUAAGAGAUACCUACAAGGAUUCCAUUAAAGCAUUUGCAGAAAAGCUGUCUGUGAAAUUAAAGGAAGAAGAACGAAUGGUUGAGAUGUUUCUGGAAUAUCAAAAUCAGAUCUGCAGGCAGAAUAAGCUCAUUCAAGAAAAGAAAGAGAAUUUGUUGAAGUUGAUUGCUGAAGUAAAAGACAAAAAGCAGGAAUUGGACGCACUGACUGCAAAUAUCCAGGAUCUUAAGGAAGAAUAUGCUAGGAAGAGGGAAACUAUUUCCACUGCUAACAAAGCUAAUGAAGAGAGGUUGAAAAGGCUACAGAAAUCUGCAGACCUGUAUACAGAUCGACUUGGACUAGAAAUUCGAAAAAUUUAUGGUGAUAAGUUGCAGUUUAUAUUCACUAACAUUGACCCUAAGCAUCCUGAGAGCCCAUUUAUGUUUUCCCUGAGCUUAAAUGAAGCAAGGGACUAUGAAGUGUCAGAUAGUGCUCCUCAUCUUGAGUGCCUAGCAGAAUUUCAGGAAAAUGUAAGGCAGACCAACAAUUUUUCGGCUUUUCUUGCCAACGUUCGGAAAGCUUUUACUGCUAUUGUUUAUAAUUAAUGUAUAAAUAGUAUAUAAAAACCGUUAUCCCUAUUGCGUUUCUCUUUUUAAAAAAGGUCUCAUUAUUCGUUGUUUGUCUGUAAUCCGUUUGUAU